GAGAAACAAAUUACAACUGGACACUCCACUGAGAAGAUGAAAUUAUGAGGGCAGAGCUAGAUUGAGGAAAUUAUGGACUACAGAGAAGCCUUCUUAACUGCUUGGAGGGACUUUCAUCCGAAAGGCAAGCUUCCUGACACAGACUUUUUGCAAUUUUGUGAUUUUGAUGGAGAUUUCGCAUCUGACGAACAUGUUUUGGAGCGUUUCAAUUUGUGCAAUGAAAGACUUGAGGACGCUAUUCGCGUGUUUAAAAGCGAAGGAUUUAUUCUAAAAUGGCUCAGAGGGGUUCUUAACGUUAACAUCUCUAAAGGAAGAGAUUUAGAACUCGAAAGAGUGCUAAACGUGUUCUUUCCAUGCGAACUGAAUCAGCCUGUGUCGUGUCCGCAGGACAUUGCCUCGCCUUCCGUUGCCAUAGAAGACGUAAAAAAAUCGGAUCGGGACGAUUUUGAGAAGUCGUCCCCGCUUGAAGACGAAGAGAAAUAUUUAAACAAUACUUUUGCACCUGAUGAAGAGUGCAAGGAUUUUAGAAAAGACGCUAAAGUGAUAUUUCCUCCUCGUGACGAGCCAAAACUCGCUUUGGACGGAAGUGACGGGGAGUCGUGUUUCAACGACAACAUACAGGGGACGUCUGGGGUCGACUCUGGUAAAUUAUUUAGUAGCGAAAAUAAUGAAUUCGAUGAAGAGAAAAGCUCGUCACACGAUGGCAUUAAUAUAGCAGAGGGUAAUAAACUUUCCGCCAAUAACAAUACAGAAAAGGAAAGUGUAAACGAUGUCGGGUUAACAAGGAGAAAUGAUCAGAGAGACCCCACGGGUUAUUCAGAAGACGAAGAACCAGAAAUGGGGGACGAAACGCCAAAUUUAAAUUAUCCUGAACGAAAGAAACCAACUGGUCAUAGAAAUCGAGCUCUUGCCAGUGUUUUCUCACCUCUAGCGAAGGGGAUCAACAAAGCUAAAUCGAAAGGAAAGAGUUAUUUAACGCGUCCGUCCGGCCCAAAACAUAGGCGACAUGAUUCUCACGGCAGCACGACAAGUGGCGAUGAUGUGGACUUUUCAGAUCAUGCCGAAAGUAAAACUUCCGAAAAUCUUGAAAGUGAAAUUUUGUCAGAUUCUAACGAGGUUGAUGUGAAGUUACACGAUAUUUGUGCGUCAAAUCAGUUUAAUAUGGCAGAUGAAGGCGAUAGUUGUUUGGCUCCUAUCGAUCGAGGAAGUCAUGUUGACUUUACAAGACAGGGAUUCUCGGAGAACAAUGCUUUGGACAAGAAAGACUCAAUCUCUGAGGAAGACAGGUGCAAGAAAGAGAAGAUAGCUGAAACACCCGACGUAAUUAUCGAAGUUGUUGAUGAAUUGAUAUCCUACUUGGAAGGAAUCGAGGUCGUGAGUAGCGAUGAUCUCGAAGGGGAAUCGCCCCAUGCGUCUGAGGGAGAUGACUUUAUGCUAUUUGGCGGGGUAAUAAGACCACGGAAACCCCUACGAUCACGAAGACAACUCGAUUCCGUUCUCUCUGCGGGUAACGUUAGUUUGAUGAGCGCUGACUCUUGCAUGAGUCCAUGGGCUAUAGAUGUUGCUGUCUCUGAAAUGCAGUCAGCUGAUUCAUCAGAACAAGAAGACAAUGGAAAUGAUUCCAAUGAUGUCGGACCCACUGAGAGGGCUUCCCCUAGUCACCAUGUAAAAGAAAUAUCCAAGCAGCCAAAUGUGGAGGCUUCACCUCCACCUAUCAGACCUCCACGGCGUAGUAAGACUGAGAGGCGGUCCCGCACUGUAGGCUCACCAAAGAAACUAGGGCCAGUCAGUGCUGAUGAUGAUGAUGUCUUUGGAAAAGAUGACAAGGGAUAUGAGGGCCAGGGUUCAGAAAACGAAGAACUCAAGAAACUGCGCAAAGCGAGAGGGGCCCAUGUUGUUAUUGGAGAUCAUAGUGUUGAUUUUUCAUCUUCGCCUGUCCCUUCUCCUGGUGGAAGUCCUGCAAAACAUGUGGAUCCUGGUGCUGGAGACAAAGCUGAAAAGCUGCACAAGAGAAAGUGGGUUGUUGCUGGAGUGCUGGAUGGUGAGAAAGGAUAUUUGGAAUGUCUAAACUUAUUAUACAAACACAUGAAGCCUCUAAAGUUUUCCAUUGAAUCAUCACAUCCAAUCUUGACCUCAGUUGACUACAACAAGAUUUUCCACAAACUUGAUGAACUGCAUACUAUGCACAGUGCAUUUUAUAAUGAACUUGAGACACGUGUGUCACACUGGAGCGACCGUCACCUUAUAGGAGAUUUAUUUUUGAGUUUGGUGGAUCAGUUUGAUGUGUACAAAGAAUACAUAUCAAACUACAAUACUGCAAUGUCGACAGUACGUAAAUGCAAGGCAAGCAAUGAACAAUUCAACAACAUCUUUUCUAAGGAACUUAGAGUUCAAUCCAUUCAAGAAGUGACAAAAUUACAAGCUCUUUUCAACAAACCAGUGGAACGAGUUGGCCGCUAUAUUGCUGUCCUAAAGGACUUGAUCAAAGAAACUCCUGAGGAGCAUGCGGAUUUUGAACUUUUAACAAAUGUGUUGAACCAAACCAAAGACUUCCUAGCAAAGAUCAAUGGUGAUGAAAGAGACGGAGGGGGAUUGCAAAGAGUGAAGCGAGAUCAUAGACUAAUCAAAGAUGGAUUUAUAGUAGAACUUUCAGAUGGAGUUCGCAAAUUUAGACAUCUUUUCUUGUUCAAUGACUACAUCAUAUGUACAAAGAGAAAGAUAACAGCUAGGAGCGAGCAAUACGUGUGUAAAUGGUAUCUCUCCCUGCACGAUUUACAGUUCCAGCCCACAGAGAACUCAGAAGCGCCACAAGUUAUACCAGUGACAAGCAAAGGUGACUUUGAUUUACUGAAAAGCAGGAUUGCAAGCACCAAAGCAGAAAUCCGACGAGAAGAAGGAGUGAGCGGACUCAACAGUCCUGAUUCCUCACCUUCAAUGAAGCGACGUCGAGCACAAUCAGCCUCCAAAAUUGUCGAGAAACUGAAAAGGCGGCUAGCUGAACAGGAAGCAGCUCUUUUGUUAGCCAUUCCCAGUCUCCCGGUUACACUCUACCACAAACAGGGCAAGACAUACACAUUACUCUGUAAAACUGAUGUCGAAAGAGCAGAAUGGAAGGAAGCCAUCAUUCCUCUUUUGGAACAAAUUCAAGAUAAUACAAGUGCUGAAGUACAGCUUAGUGCGUUGGAGCUUCAUCACCUCCUAGAGGCUUGUAAGAAGCUGAGAACUCAGAGGUCAUUAGGAAAAGUAUCCAUGAAGGAAGACAAAAGUCUCCUCAAUGGACUGUUAUACGUUCAUAUACACUCUGGACGCGGAUUUCACAAAAACGAUCUCAGUUGCGUGAUAGAAGUUGAUCAUUAUGGACAGUUUGUUCGUAAAGCCAGGACAAAAACGUGUAAAGCUUCAACUGACCCUGUGUGGGACCAGGACUUCGAUGUCGAGGUAGAAGGAACAAGAGAACUCAAGCUGCAUGUUUAUAGCAAAAGCAGACUUAAUUUUGAUGAACACUGUGCGCAAGGAAAAAUAGAGCUUGUAAAGGAAAAUUUGAGGGAUCUGAAGAAACAGACCAUCACAAUAACCUUAGACAAGCAGGGUGCGGUAACGCUAUCACUACAGUAUUCCAAGACACCUCAUGGGAUUCAACGGAAGAAAUCUUACAGCGAGAAAGGUGUUUUUGGAGUUGAUAUUGCUACAGUUUCAAAACGAGAAGAAAGUGAUAUUCCCUUAGUUGUGAUUGGUUGUGUACAGGAAAUUGAGAAAAGAGGAAUAGAAGAAGUAGGAAUUUAUCGCUUAUCAGGAGCAACUUCAGAUGUCCGAAGGCUAAAAGACGCGUUUGACAACAACAGUCAAAGUGCUUUAGUGCAAGUUGCUGAGGCGGACAUCCAUGCUGUGGCUGGACUUCUGAAGAUGUACCUAAGGGACCUUCCAGAGCCACUCUUUACCGACGACCUUUAUAUCAAGUUUGUUGAAGCAAACGGAAUUAAAGAUCCCGAGGAAAAAAAGAAAAAAAUGAUGGAGUUGUUUGAAUCUUUACCCAAACCAAACCGGCUCACUAUUAUCUAUUUACUAGAUCAUCUAAGAAGAUUGAGUGAGCAUCAGGAACAGAACAAAAUGGGACAAAAUAACCUGGCAACCGUUUUUGGCCCGAACGUUCUUCGGCCUUCCUCGGCCGACACGGAUCCAACAGAUCUCGCUAAAGGAACACUCGAUGUCAUGAGUCAAGUCGGUAUCUUUCUGUGGUUCUUAAAGUUUUGCUCUCUCCAGCUCCCGGAAGAUCCACAGCUUAUGCGUAGACUGGAUCCGAAUAAAAACGUCGAAGUUGCGCCCGCGUUAGGGCAUGAGGACAGACUUAUUUGAUAUCCCACCAUGCACUUCAAAAGUUGACCUCGAUCUGAUGAUGUACUCACAAGAGCAUGUACAGUUAAAGUAAACGCGUAACAAUUAUAUGAAGGAACGAAGAACUGGGCGCACUAGUGUGUUCGCCGUAUUAGAAUAGUUAUCCUAGCUCCAAGGAGUUGCAGGUUUAAACAAUGGACGAGAAACAUUCUCUAUUAUUUGACUUGGUUUAAGGAGAAAACGUUGCAAAUGUUUGCACAGGUUAGUUCAUAGAUAUUUUAAUCAAAGAAAAAAUUUAGUUUACAGAUGUUUUUAUUGUUAAAGUUUUAGUUCUUUCAAAAUAGUUUUAUCUGUUUUAUUUUCGUAAUGUUGAAAUUCUACUCGAUAUCUUUAUUCGAUUUUUACACUUGAUUUCCGUGAAAAUGAAUGUUUAUUAAGACCUUUUUGUUCGUCUCCGUCAGUAAAGGAAGUCAUGAGACGGAAUUCUUAGCUGCUAGAUCAUGACCAGUUCAUCUUGCUUAGCUUUGUCCUUCGAACUAGUCAAAAGGCGCUCAGCGGAAGUUAGUUCUAUUUCUGUAAGCUAACUUUUCAUUGCGCUUCUGUGAGAGGGACAAAGCUGAUAAAGACAAACUGUUCGUAAUGAUGAAAUUUUGUUGAUAAUUCUCACUACUUUUUCAUGAAAGGUCUUUUGAAAUAGAUUGUUCAGGUUUGUCAACCAACCUUUUUGACGCAUAUGCUAAAUUUCUACUUUAAAUUAUGAUUCAGUCAACUUUCAGGAAAUGGAUCAAAAGAUUGUACUAUUCUAAGCGGUUAUUAUAUAUCCUAUAUACGAACAACAAAAAAGGUAUCAACUAUACUAUGUCCUGAACAGAUAUUCGCAUUUUUAUAUGACGUAUGUAUUCGAUCAGUAGUCUUAGGCGUAAGUAAAAAGAAUCUCAGUUCUAAAUACGGAGGAGCUCUAAUAUCGAGUAGGAUUAUUUAUCAAACACCAAAUAUAUUAAGUUAUUUUAAUUGUAAAUUAAGGUGAAAAAUGUCGGUUGAAAUUAUUGAGCAAGAUAAACUUAUUAAGCAAGUAUUUUUGUCGACAGAAUUUCAAAAGAUUUCCUAUACACUCUUAAUGUUUUAGGUGAAAUCUAACCUAUUAUAGCAAUACUUUUACUGAGUUUCAAAAGACAUGCGGAAUUGUCUGAUCUGUGAUUGGUUAAAGAAACUUUGUCCACAUCUCAAAUGAGAAGAUACAACAAUUAACCAAUCGUAGCAUGGUCACUCGCGUGAUAUUGGCGUGCUCCUAAUUGGCUGAAAUUUAGCAGGUUUGCUCUGGUUGGUGAACUGCAGGACGUUUCAAAUUCGAUCAUGGCAGAAACAGAGGAAUAGUAAAUGGAAAGGCUUAUGUGACGUUAUUUUGACGUUAAUGUUAAAGGAAAAUGACGUCAAUUUGAUGUCACUGACAUGAAAGAAGAAAGUUGUUUACAGUAGCAUGGAAAUUACAAAUUCUAAACUGACUGUAAUCUUAAAGAAA